CCCGCUUCUCUUUCCCUUCACUGUCUCGGCGGGCACCGCAGGCCGACCAACCAUCCAUCCCAUAUCUCUCUCCGCCGAUGACAGCCGCGGUCUCCGGCGGCGGCCGGUGAGACCGCCGCCGCCGCCGCCGCCUGACGAACUUGCCCCUUCCGAGCGCGGAUGCUCGGGCAGCGCACAUGUCAGCUCUCCGUCUGUGCAAGGGAGCCGUCGAGUCGUCGCCGCCGGGGUGCCGGUGCUGGUCGGGAUGCUCGAGGUCGAGGAACCUUGUCGCCGCUGCUGCCGCGUCCUCCUGCGCCCCGAGAGGGGCUGCCGCCGUCGCGUGCUGCCGGAACAAGCAGCAGGGGAGCUUCCGCUUGGUGCGUGCGGCUCCUUCCUUCGGCAGAAGCAGCAGGGGGAUGCAAUGGGCCAUCAAGACUAUGGCAGACGACAAUCCAGACAAUUCUGGCAAUAGCACUCGGCUGUUUAAUGCAAUUCAAUCUUUUUUAAAGAAGUUGUCUGGCAAGCUGAAGAAAGUAAGUAGAGGGUUUCCAGUAAAGAUCCUAUUCUUCCUGAUAGGAUUUUACUGUGCCACGGCAUUUGCUACCGUCAUCGGGCAAACAGGCGACUGGGACAUACUUUCUGCCGGCCUUGCUGUUGCCAUCGUCGAGGUUAUUGGCGCUCUCAUGUACAGGGCUUCCUUUGCGCUUCUUGGCAGGAUGAAGAAUAUGAUUUCCAUAUUCAAUUACUGGAAAGCCGGGCUCACGCUUGGAUUGUUCUUGGAUUCGUUCAAAUUUUAGUAUCUUGGUUCAUCCGCCAAAUGUUGCUCAAGUUACGCCUGGAGCUGCAUACAUGAUGACCCUGAUGGCGCAUUUGCAUCCAUGAUGAUCCCGAUGGGGCAUUCCUCAUGGCAGACGCUGUGCUCCUGCUCCCUCAUCAUCUUCUCCCUCAGCGAGCAUCUUCUUGUGCUGCUCCCACUAGGACAGGCUCCACCCCCUCCUCUGGUCUUGGCAUCCUGCCAUGCCGCAAGACAGCCUGCACACCAUCAUCUCCAUCGGAACGAGUCAAAAGCGGGAUAAGAUUGCGGCUUGCCCGUGAUCAUGCCGGGCAUAAUAACCUGGAAUUCUUUGGGAGGCCUGGCCUACACAGGAGGUGUUCACCUGCAACAAAGGGCGAAGUCGAGGUGCAGAGUCAAAAUGUUCGGUUUCGCUAGACCGCUGGUAUCUGCAUAUGAAAUCGUAGUUAGACAUUAGCGACUUAUGAUUGAUAGAUUGAUUGUAUGUAUGCAAGCGGCUUAUGAUUGGCAAAUGAUUCUAUAUAA